CAGGGAUGAUGGAUAGCGUUAAGAAACGGCUGAGAAAUAUAUAAAAAUACUGUGAAGUGGUUAUUAUUAAAAUUUUCAUUCGUCGAAUAGACGUCAUAUGAAUAAUAUCGAGAUAUAUUUUUGAAUAUGCAACAUAAAAAGUGAUUAAAAUAAAGAAAGAAAAAAAUGCCGUCAGCAAAGGGGCAGCUUUGUAAAUAUAGAAAAAAAAAAGACCGCGGCAAAUUUAAAAAAUUUUUGGAAACAAGAAGCAGUUACGGUGUACAGCAGUCACGGAAACAGUGCAACAAUCUUCUUCAAUGACGGAACUCACAGAAGUAUCUAAUAAUAAAAUAUUUGGAGGAUGGCAAAAAGUUUAUUCGCAUAACAGCUCCGUCCUGGGCUGUAAAAUGAAUUUUGGAAUCUAUCUUCCACCACAAGCGGAAGAAGUUUCUGUCCCAGUUAUUUAUUUUCUAUCAGGACUAACGUGUACAGAGGCAAAUUUUAUACAAAAAGCUGGUGCCCAAAAAUAUGCUUCAGAAUAUGGUGUUGCUUUAGUAGUACCUGAUACCAGUCCUCGUGGAUCAAAUAUUCCUGAUGAAUCCGGCAGUUCGGACUUAGGAAUAGGAGCAGGAUUUUAUGUGGAUGCAACAAAAGAGCCAUGGAAAAAGAAUUACAAGAUGUACAGUUAUAUUACUAAAGAAUUAUCAUCAGUGAUUAAUGAAAAAUUCCCGAUACUCUCUGAUAAACAGUCUAUAAUGGGUCAUAGUAUGGGAGGUCAUGGGGCACUGAUCUGUGCACUUAAAAAUCCAGGUAUGUACAAAUCGGUUUCUGCAUUUGCUCCUAUUAGUAAUCCAAUUCAGUGCCCAUGGGGUAAAAAGGCAUUCUCUAACUAUUUUGGAGAAACAGAAAACAAUGUCUUAUGGAAUGACUGGGAUGCUACAGAAUUAGCUAAAAAAUACAAUGGUCCUCCUUUGGAUAUUUUAAUAGAUCAGGGAAAAGAAGAUAAUUUCUUAAAACAGGGUCAACUAUUGCCUGAAAACUUAUUGAAUGCUGCAAAAGAUGCUGGAUUACCUUUGGUUUUAAGAUUUCAAGAAGCUUAUGAUCAUAGUUAUUAUUUUAUAGCUACAUUUAUCGAAGAUCAUAUUAAACAUCAUAUGAAGUACUUAAAGAAUUAAAGAUAUUUUUUAUCAAAAUUUAUAUCACAGUUUUUACUAAUAAAAAAUUCUUUUAGAUUAGUAUAAUGAAAUUAAAAUUAGUACAACAAAAUAAAAUAAACUGCAAAAGAAUCAAUAUAUGA